AUGGCAUUUCUAAAACCGUUAACCAAACCUAAACUGAUAGGUGGAUUCAGUCAGGAUUGUGUGAAACGAUGUGUAUUGUUACCAAUAACUUGCAGGUCUGUGUCGGUUUAUCCAACGCAGCUUGCAUUAUUAUGGUCUAGCUGCAACGGCUUAGAUAAGAACAAUGUACAGCCGGUGGACUAUGGAGCCAAACGUGGCUAUGCAAGCAACAGUUAUUUCAGAAGUCAAACAAGAAGCGACGGAGGGCGGUUUGGUUCUACAGCCAUUACGCUUGCUGUGGCAGGAGCAAUCGGUGGUGGGCUGUACUGGAUAUUUAACAAGCGGAAUGGUAGUGGAAGUUCUGGAUUGUUGAUGCCUUUGGCUAUUAAGAACAACUUUGGGAGAGUUUUUGCAGAAGAGAAAAUUGAACCAGGUAAAAUAAAGCAUGGUCUGCCGACAUAUACACAGGCUGACGUGGCUGCUCACAGCACCAGGGAAUCUGGGAUUUGGGUCACGUAUGGAAAUGGUGUUUAUGAUAUAACAGACUAUCUGGAUAUGCAUCCGGGAGGUAAGAAGAUUCUUAUGGCAGCAGGGAAGUCAAUCGAGCCCUUUUGGUCAGUUUAUUCUGUUCAUAAGAGUGAAGAUAUCUAUGAGACUCUUGAAUCAUAUCGUAUAGGAAACAUAACAGAUGUAGCGGUACACAAAGGAAAAGUGGAUGAGAACGACCCAUAUAAAAAUGAACCUCAAAGGUCACCACUUCUGAUUCCAAGUUCAGAGAAGCCGUAUAAUGCAGAACCUCCACAGGAAAUGCUGGCUGAUAAUUUUAUAACUCCUUCUCAUCUGUUCUUUGUUCGCAACCAUCUUCCAGUCCCCUGCAUCAACUUAAAAGAUUACAGUUUGGACCUGCAGUUACCAUCAUGUAGCAUUUCGCUCACCUUUGAAGACCUGCAAACAAAGUUCAAGAAAACCUCGGUAACGGCAGUCACCCAGUGUGCAGGAAACCGGCGUAGUGAGAUGGUUAAAGUGAAACCUGUGAAGGGUCUGAACUGGGGCAUUGCUGCCAUUGGCAAUGCUAAAUGGUCAGGGGUGACUCUGGAGGAGCUGCUGAAGUUUCAUGGUGUGGAUAUAGAAACUGUUCGAGGGAAAUAUAUCGUCUUUGAAGGAUUAGAUAAGCAGGAGGAUGGUACUCCUUAUGGUGCCUCCAUCCCGCUCGAGUUGGCAAGAAUGCUGAAGAAUGACAUCGUUAUUGCCUAUGAGAUGAACGGAACUGAAAUCCCUAGAGAUCAUGGAUAUCCUGUCCGGGUUAUCAUCCCUGGAGUCGUUGGUGCUAGACAGGUGAAAUGGUUAAAGAAGAUCUACUUCAGCACAGAGGAGAGCACAUCACACUGGCAGCGCAGCGACUACAAAGGGUUCAAUUCAUCUGUUGACUGGCACAACGUCAAUUUUGACAAAUCGGUAUCCAUUUCUCAGCUUCCAGUUACAUCAGCAAUAUGUGAUCCAGUCGAAGGUGCAGAAAUAGAGCAAGGUGCUACUGAGGUGACCUUGAAAGGUUAUGCCUGGUCAGGCGGCGGAAGAGGAAUAAUUAGAGUUGAUGUCUCAGCCGAUGGAGGAAAGACGUGGCAUGAGGCCAAACUAAAGCCAAAUGGACAGACUCCAUACAAGUCUUAUGCCUGGACUUUAUGGGAAGCUGAUGUCCCACUACCCCAGAAUGUCAAAGAAACCACUUUGGUUUGUAAAGCUGUGGAUAUCUCCUACAAUGUACAGCCUGACUCUGUUGAGGGCAUAUGGAACCUGCGAGGCUGCCUGAGCAAUGCUUGGCAUCGAGUGAAUGUCAAGCUGUCAGCAGCACAAGCCUGUUCACAUUUUUAG